AUGAGUUGGGUCGCGAGAAAGGCCAAUAUCCAGGGCGACAUCUGGCCCGGUCUACCCAAAAGAUGCCAGACCUUCAUGUUCUUCAAGAUCAAAAAAGGAGAGGAAUUCAAGACACGGCUCAGGUCUUUUGUGGAGGCGGGCGGAAUAACAUCUGCGCAGGAUGCCCUUGACAUGAAGAAGAAGAUUAUCGAGACAAAAACGGAAGCUAUACAGCGGUGUCGACCAGCCAAGAUUCAGUCGUUGCCAGGCGUGAACAUUGCCUUCACUUCAACUGGAUUAGGAGCAAUGGGAAAGUUUGUCUUCGAUGAGGCUGGUGUUAAAAAGGACAGAUCCCUUUCUAAAAUCUUUAGAAAAAACCAGCUGCGGGGUGGCCUAUUUGCAAAGGGCAUGUUUGCCGACCUAGUUGGCGAGGGUUGGGAUGACCCACAGGAGCUGCGAAAGGAAUAUCAUCCGUUUGGUGAGAAGGCUCAGCGGCUGAUUGAUGGCGUGUUUCUGGUUACAGCGAGUCGUGAAGAUGAUCUCGCUCAGAAAGUGAAUGGUAUUAAAGAGCACUUCCUCAAGGAGCCAGGCUCCGGUGAUGCCGAUACCUAUCGUGUCAGCAAUGAUCCAGUCCUCGAAUUUCCGCUUAUCAGACAGGGUCAGACUCGUCCAGACAAGGGAAAGGAACACUUCGGUUUUGAGGAUGGAAUAAGCCAGCCGCUCCUCGAGGGCUUGGACGAGGUGAGCAUCAAGGAAAAGGAUCCCAAACCAACAAAGUCCGGACUAAUCUUCGCCAAACACGAUGGCGAUGAUAUGGGCCAGCCGGACUGGGCCGAGGACGGUAGUUUCAUGGUUUUCCGAGACCUACAGCAACUAGUGCCUGAGUUUGAAAAGUGGUUGGAGGACAACAAGCACAAAGCACCCUUCGCCGAGACCUCUGAUAAUCCGAAGGAGAAGCUCGCGGCAUACUUGAUGGGUAGAUGGAGGAACGGAACCCCGGUCGACGAGAACCCGCAUGAUGACAAAGACCCCAGCCUUUUCAGAUCUAACAACUUCGAUUUCCAACCUGUCGACAAGCACGACAAAUGUCCCUUUGCAGCCCACAUCCGCAAGAUGCGACCCCGUGGAGACCUGGACCACGACCAUGCAGUCAUCAUCCGUCGUGGCAUUCCUUAUGGAGGCGAAGUGACUCCCGAGGAGAAGGCCGUGCAGAGAUCGGAUGAAGAGAAUGAGCGUGGCCUCCUGUUUGUCUGUUAUCAGAGUGAUAUCCGCAACGGAUUCAACUUCCUAACCACCCGCUGGGCGAGCAACCACUACUUCCCUGACCGGAAGUCUCAUUUCAUCGAUGACCACGGCCCUGGUAUUGAUGCCAUCGUGGGUCAGAAGCUUGAUCAUCACCCGCCUCGCUCUAUUGGUCUUCCUGAUGGUAAGAAUCCUACCGAGGCUCGGGUUGAUCUCGAGCGCUGGGUUAUUCACAGAGGUGGUGAAUAUUUCUUCUCGCCCUCAAUCAAUGCCCUGAAGGGAUAUCUGACAGAUGCCCCUGAUUACCCACCAGCUUUUACAACUCCAUGA